AUGAUGUCAGUACAAACUCCUCCUCUCUCCCGCUCUGGCUCCUCCCCCUCCGGUGUGGGUCUGGCCAAUCGAAGCUGUCCCUCCUCCACCCCUCCAACCUCCCUCAGCCUCCGCUCGUCAUACAACCAGUUGCUUGGGCGAGAUGUCUUCAAGGAGUCCAUGGAAACCGGAAGUUCGGCCACCUUGCCUAAGAGCCGUCAGAGGUACGCAAUGACCAGUGUGCGGAGUGCCAUGGGGAUAAGUGACAACUUGGCUUUGUCCUCUAAAAACCAACCUGGAACCAGAGGGAGGGGUCUCCCCACCAAGUCCUCCUCCAGCUCUGCCCUCUACUCCUCCUCGUCCUCCUCUUCGCUGUUUAAUACAACCAACCCCAAACUGGCCAAGAAUGGGGCCAACAUGCAGAGACGAGCUGAGAGUCAACAGUUGGAGCUGAGUCGGGCCAAUACAGAGGGCAAAAUUCACAAUGAUCUCCUCAACAAUCCCAGUUCUGACUGGCUAGAAUUUGGGAAAGACAACUCACAGCUGCCCCCGUUCCGUAGAAGGACCAAGAGCUUCUUGGAGUAUCACGGGAAGGGCUGGGAUUUGGACCUCAGUUUGGGAAACAAAGAGGACAAGGAGGAGAAGAAGCAACAGCCAUCCCCAGAGAAAGAGCAGGUCAGCCCUGCCAAGGAGAGGGAGAGCCUAAAAGAGGAGAAGCCCAGCAGCAAGCUGACCUGCCAGGAAGAGAAGGAAGAAGUUGAGCCAGUGGAGGAGGAAGAGGAGGAAGAUGACCCCACACCUACACCAAGGCAGCCCCUGCUACCAGUGGUGGUGGAAGCCCCUCUUUCCCCCACGUCCUCCUCGUCCGCCGACAGCCCAGAGUGGGUCCCAGACAACCAAAGCAACCUCCAGAACCAUGCUCCAGCCCAGUUCAGAGAGGAGCUCUGUGCUCAGGUCCAGGCUAGUCCACGCAGUCCUGCAAAACCCCCUCGGAGCUCCCAGCCCCGGGUUAUCAAGGUCGAGCUUCACCCCAACAAUGAGAACCAGUUCCUGCAACAGUACCCGCCUUCUUCCCCUAAACAAGCCCGGGUUGCAGAGAGGAACACCCCUACCAGGAACCGGGCACCACCUGCCUUGCCAGAUCCUGAACCUGAGAAUGGGCUCCCUAAAGUGGGCUUAAGAAUGGAUCUGACUCCUGAAACUCCAUCAGAAGAUGAAGACUCCAGCUGGACCACCCUGUCCCAGGAGACACCGUCUCCUCAGACUCCAAAAGAGACAGCAGAUGUAUGGAGCGAGGGCGACCUGCCCCCAGGCUGGCGGGAGAUCUCAGAUUCAUCAGAGAUCUAUUUCUGGCACAUCCCCACUGGCACCACACAGUACCACCGACCUGUUGCCUCCGGCGAACAACACACCUCUCCGGACAACGAGCCAGACACCGAGCACGACCCACAACAGGAAACGCAGGAUCCUCUCAAGCCUCCAAACGAGCGCCCCAGCAGUCUGAUAUCUGACAGCUCGGUGGAGCCGGUCCCCUCACCCUCUGGCUCCUCCCCCUCCUCCACCUCCUCCACCCUCUUAGAUGAUGUCACCUUGUCUGGACCAAUUCUCAACCCCACCACCUGCACAGCCAGCGAGCUGAAGGACUAUCCAGUCUAUCCAGAUCCCAGUCUAAAGGCGUUUGAAGGGGCGACCCUCCGCUAUGCGUCACUUAAAAUCAACGCCCCAGCCCAGCUUGAGACAGUGGACCUUAACAACACCUUCUCCAAUCCAGAGGCAAUGUCAUUCCCAGUGCGAUCUCUGGGCUGGGUGGAGAUGGCAGAACAGGACCUGAGUGAGGGGAGGAGCAGCCUGGCGGUCCACCACUGUAUCAGACAGCUGUCCUACUGCAGGAGGGACAUACAAGACUCAGCCGGUGUCUGGGGAGAGGGUAAAGGCAUGCUGCUGGUACUUGAAGACCGCAUGUUGACCCUGGUUGACCCGGUUGAUCGCAGCCUGCUCCACUCUCAGCCAAUCAGUAGCAUCCGUGUCUGGGGUGUCGGCCGAGACCACGACAGAGAAAGGGACUUUGCCUACGUGGCCAGAGACAAGAACACGCGUGUGCUGAAGUGCCACGUGUUCCGAUGUGAUACUCCUGCCGCAGCCAUCGCGACAAAUCUCCACGAAAUCUGCUCCAAGAUUAUGGCUGAAAGGAAAAGUGCCAAGGCUGCAGCUGGCAGCUCCUCCCAGACCGGCACCGAUGUACCCCUACAAGAGUUUCCCAUGCCAAAGACUGAGCUGGUGCAGAAGUUUCAUGUGCUGUAUCUGGGUAUGAUAUCGGUGUCUCGCCCCAUAGGUAUGGACAUCAUUAAUGGGGCCAUAGAAAGUCUGGUGUCCUCCACAGGCAAAGAGGACUGGACUCCUGUCAUACUGAGUAUUGCUGACACCACUCUGGCUGUCAUCAAAGACAAGGAAGAGGAUGAAGAGGUGUUGGUGGAGUGUCGGGUUCGUUUCUUGUCCUUCAUGGGCGUAGGACGAGAUGUGCACUCAUUCGCCUUCGUUAUGGACACUGGGAGCCAGCAUUUCCAGUGUCAUGUGUUCUGGUGCGACCCCAACGCAGGCAGUGUGUCUGAGGCUGUGCAGGCAGCGUGUGUGCUGCGGUACCAGAAGUGUCUGGUGGCACGGCCCCCCUCCCAACGUGCUGGCUCCUCUUCCUCACCUUCUCCAGACUCGGUGACCCGCCGGGUGACCACCAGCGUGAAACGUGGAGUCCAGUCUCUCAUAGACACUCUGAAAACCAAGAAACAGCCAUCCGAACUCCCCCAGCAAUGA